AUGGCCUCCAAUGCCGACCCGGAAAUUAUUCUUUACGACUUAGCUUGUAUCAAGAAUGCCUGCUUCUCCCCCGUUGUCUGGCGCAUCCGCCUGAUGCUCAACUACAAGCAAGUCCCUUAUAGGACGGUCUUUCUGGAGUUCCCGGACAUUGAGCCCACGCUCAAGGGACUCGGCCUCGUCCCAGGUGACGGGGCCAAGGACAAAUACACGGUCCCGGCCAUCCACCAUGUGCCGACCGACAAAUACAUCAUGGACUCGGCGCCCAUCUCCCGCUUCCUUGAGACAACGUACCCGGACCCUCCGGUCCCACUGGAGUCUGAGCUCGGCCGGGAAAUCGAGGCGCGCGCCCGCGCCAUCGUCGGCGCCACUAUGUGGAGGUCGUUGACGCCACGCGAGAUCAGGAUCCUGGCCCCGCGCGCAGCCGAGUACUUCCGGCGCACGCGCGAGGCCGCGAUUGGAAAGAAGCUUGAGGACUUGCUAGACCCGGACGCCGAGGAACAGUCGUGGGCGGCAGUGAACGAGAUCAUCGACGACGUGGGCAAGCUGAUGCGGACAAAUGCGGCUGAGGGCCCGUUUGUGUUGGGUGCACGGCCGAGCUAUACCGAUUUCUUCGUCGCGGGCGCGCUCCAGAGUGCGAGGAUGAUCGAUGAGGGAGUGUUUGACAGGCUGGUGAAGUAUCCUGGGUAUUCCGAUAUUUACUCGGCGUGUCUGCCUUAUAUGGCAAGGAAUGAUUAA